AUGGGUAAUCGAAGCAAAGUCUUGGACAUUGAAGGCCCGACCCCAAAGUUUCUCUACUCCAUCAUCAAACAGUUGAGCUUGAAGGAUAUUGAUUGGAACAAGGUCGCAUCUGACCUUGAAAUCUCAAAUGGCCAUGCUGCACGCAUGCGUUACUCGCGAUUCAAGAACCAGAUAGACCCCGUGAGCAAGAAAAAGAACACCAAGAAGGGAGCCAAAGGCAACCUGAAGGGAGAUAUGCAGGCACCACCUCCGACAAUGACAAAGCCAGCGUUCUUGGACUCGGGUGUUGUGCCAAAAAUCGAGCCAAAUGGGUCGUCUUUCCAGUCCAACGCGAGCCCAUUCGUCAAAUACGAGCCCGAAACCCCCCAUGUUGAUGGCAUGCAGGGCCUAAGCAACCCACACGGCGGCUUUUACUCACCUUUCCAACAAGUCCUGUCUCCUGCAUCAUUGCUGACAUCUCCUCAAAUGAUGCCGUCCCCACAAAUAAUGCCGCCCAAGUAUAUCGAUCACUUUGAGCCCGUAUUACAAGGAGCUCUGCCCCGAGGCGUUGCGAGCAGUGUGCCAUUGCCCCUGGCCUCAGGCAUGUAUGCGCCGAUGCCGACGUCAACUCCAUUGAGUUUCACAACUUGCUCUUCGUCCUUUCCAAUGUCCCACGAUUUCAACAUGCCAGAAUGUCCCUCCCAGCCGACACCUGGUUUCAAUAGCGGCCCGGUCAUAACCUGGGAGCCAAUCUCACAGCAACAAACCCUCACUCCGCCCUCCUCGCCAAAGAUCAAGGAGGAACGGGAAAAUUGCGAGGAAAGGUCGACAGCCUGGAAUUAGCGAAGGAGCAAGCA